UGGCUGUCGUGGCUUGCAUGCGAGAGGCGGGAAAAUAGAAGAAGGCUUGCAGUGCAAAGUGAACUCUGGGCCCGGGCUAUCGCUAGGGAUAGUCAAUGCUCCGCGCCAUACUAUUGCAUCAGGGCCCCAGGGGAGAAGGCGUGCAGGUGAUGGAUAGAGAUCGUUCGCUGCCGGAGCUCCUCUUGUUGCCUCAAGUCGGAAGGUGGCUAGCGUAUGGGUUUGAACUAAAAUUGAUGGGCGAGAUGAGCGUGUUACCUGCUGAACUAUAUGUUCUUGACUCUUCUUGGGACAUGUCCCCUUUGCUCUCUUCCUUUCUGUAAAGUCUAGGGGCUCCUCGGUCGCAUCUUGAUUAUCGAUUACCUAUCACUGUCGCCACCAUGUCAUUGUCUUCGGAAGACAUGAAGAGCAAUGCCAUUCAUUUUGAUGCCUAUGGCUCCAUCCCUUCAGAUAAGCGGGACAUGAUGCGCAUGGGCAAAGAGCAAGAACUGCGGAGAGUGUUCCGACAAGUCUCGCUGCUGUCAUUUACUGCCAUUUUGAUGGCAACAUGGGAGUUCGUCCUCAUGGCUUGUACACAAGGUCUCGUCGAUGGUGGCCGUGGCGGUUUGUUCUGGAGUUACAUAUGGGUCAUGAUUGGUUACGGAUUCAUCAUCGCCAGUCUGGCAGAGAUGAGUUCGAUGGCUCCUACAUGUGGUGGACAGUAUCACUGGGUCUCCGAAUUUGCACCACCCAACUGCCAGAAGUUCUUGUCGUAUAUUACAGGAUGGGUGUCGACCUUGAGUUGGCAAGCAGGAAAUGCUUCUGGAGGCUUCAUCUGCGGCACACUGAUCCAAUCUUUGAUCAUCAUCAAGAACCCUGACUAUGCUGCUCCUGGCUGGCAGGGAACAUUACUGGUUUUUCCCAUCAUGUUCGUCUGUGUCAUCUUCAACAUCUGGCUGAAUCACUGGCUGCCAAGCAUGCAAAAUGCAGUCAUGGUAUUGCACGUCGCUGGUUUCCUGGCAAUCAUGGUAAUCUUCUGGGUUCUGAGUCCCCACGUUCCCGCCAGAGAUGUGUUCCUGGACUUCCAGAACGACGGUGGCUGGCAGACGAUGGGCCUUGCCCUCAUGAUUGGUCAGAUCUCUGCAGUCGGGUUCCUGGGAGCCUCGGAUGCGGCAGCUCACAUGUCUGAGGAAGUGAAGGAUGCGGGCUUGUCGGUACCAAGAGCUAUGUGGUGGACCUACAUUGUCAAUGGUCUCCUCGGUCUGAUCAUGCUUGUCUCGUUCCUCUUUGCCAUGCCGUCUGUCGAGGAUGCCAUCAACGAUGCUACUGGUUAUCCCAUGAUGUAUGCCUUCCAGCAGGCAAUGCCCAUGAACGGCACCAUCGUCCUGACCGUCUUGAUGAUGGUCCUUCUGAUGGCCGGUAACAUUUCCUACCAAGCAUCGACUGCUAGACAGACAUAUGCAUUUGCUCGCGACCGUGGCUUCCCAGGCUCCCGCUGGUUGGGCUAUGUCAACCCAAAGCUGAUGAUUCCAGUAAAUGCAGUGGUUUUCUCAGCGGUGUUCACCAUUAUCCUGUCAUUGAUCAAUAUCGGGUCGUCGGCCGCUUUCAAUGCAAUCAUCUCUCUCGGCGCAGUCGCACAGAUGGGAACGUACGCCAUCUCAAUCACUUGUGUUCUGUACAGACGCCUCACUGCCCCGCACCUUCUUCCCAAAGCAAGAUGGAGUCUUGGCCGUUGGGGCGUGAUGAUCAAUGUUGUCGGCCUUCUCUUCGCUUGGGAAGUCUUCUUCUGGUGUUUCUGGCCGAAUGCUCAACCAGUCACUCUGGACAACUUCAAUUGGGCUCCAGUCAUGUUUGUCGCGGUCGUCGUUGGAGCUCUGAUUACCUACCACUUCCAGGGACGUCGUGUUUACACUGGCCCAGUCGCUAUCGUUCAAGGCCGUCAGGAGGAAUGACUGUCCGCCUGAUAGCCACCGUAUCUGGACAGCGACUGCGCCAUAUUGUCGUGUAUAUACAUCUCGAAACAGUGGUGUUGAUAGAUUCAACGGUCAGUGAAAAUUAGGUUCCAGCUUGCAGCUCUAAUUUUGCGUCCGCGCUGCGCCAUCCCCAAUGACCGUGCGCUCAACAAGCAUGUGAAGAGAGAGCUCUUGUUCAGCUCGUGUCAAUGACACGAGUAACUCUAACCACUGAGCAGCAGAGUCGCGAAGACGUGUUUGGUGCUCUGGAGGUCCAGAACGAACAAAGAAGACAAUGAUGAGAGGUCUUGUCUUGGAAUUAAGGCUAGCGAAUGUAUCGCAGCCAAUAGCAGAUUGCAGGACAGGGCAGUGAAGCCAUUAUUUGCUGGGCUGGGUUUCGGCGGCGUCGCGGUCGCAAUC